CUGGGGAACCUACACCAAUAUGGGUUUCUCUCAGAAAUACCCCCCUGUGAAGAUCCUUUCGGAGAAGGAUUGGAAACGGAUUUUGAUAACGGGAGGGGCGUGCUUCGUGGGCUCCCAGCUGACUGAUAAGCUGAUGAUGGAUGGCCACGACGUGACUGCGGUGGACAACUUCUUCACAGGCCGCAAGAGGAACAUGGAGCACUGGAUCGGCCACGAGAACUUUGAGCUCAUCAACCAUGACGUGGCUCUACAUCGAGUGGUUGGCGAAGCGCGUGGGAGCCCGUCUACUGCUGGCUUCUACGUCUGAGGUGUAUGGAGAGGACCUGAGCCCUAGGACCAUGCCCCAGGACUACCUGACUUAAUGAUGACUACUUGC